GUCAGAUCUACCAGAACAUCGACCCGAAACUGUGAAAUAAUGAAGACGUUCAUCCUUAUUGCAUUGGUUGCCGUCAUUGGCGUCGCCUGGGCUCGUCCGGACGAGAAAUAUACCGAAAUUUACGACAAUGUUGACUUAGAUGAAAUUUUGAACAGUGAAAGACUUCUGAAAAAUUACUUCAAUUGUUUAAUGGACAGAGGCAACUGCAGUCCUGACGGCGAAGAACUUAAAAAGGCGAUACCUGACGCUCUUCAGAACGAAUGCGCAAAAUGUAACGAAAAACAGAAAAACGGAAGCAGAAAAGUUAUUCGCUUCCUAAUUAAGAAUAAGAAUGAUUGGUGGAAAGAAUUGGAAGCUAAAUACGACAAAGAUGGAAUCUAUAAAAAGAAAUAUCAAGCGGAAUUGGAGAAAGAAGGAAUAUGCAUCGAAACCCUGCCAGUCAGAUCUACCAGAACAUCGACCCGAAACUGUGAAAUAAUGAAGACGUUCAUCCUUAUUGCAUUGGUUGCCAUCAUUGGCGUCGCCUGGGCUCGUCCGGACGAGAAAUAUACCGAAAUUUACGACAAUGUUGACUUAGAUGAAAUUUUGAACAGUGAAAGACUUCUGAAAAAUUACUUCAAUUGUUUAAUGGACAGAGGCAACUGCAGUCCUGACGGCGAAGAACUUAAAAAGGCGAUACCUGACGCUCUUCAGAACGAAUGCGCAAAAUGUAACGAAAAACAGAAAAACGGAAGCAGAAAAGUUAUUCGCUUCCUAAUUAAGAAUAAGAAUGAUUGGUGGAAAGAAUUGGAAGCUAAAUACGACAAAGAUGGAAUCUAUAAAAAGAAAUAUCAAGCGGAAUUGGAGAAAGAAGGAAUAGUGUUGUAA